CGGGGGGUUAGUCUGUGAUCAGAAAUAUGGUGAAACACGAGAAACCGUAGCACGGCUAAACUAUUACUAUCUUAAAUUACUGGAUUUUAGAGACAUUGGAGUUGCCUUAGAAACAUUAUAACAGAAGUUGGCUUUGAGUAAAUUCACGGUCUUCGACUACCACUGUACUAAGCUUAGAGAAGUGCUCUUUGUGGUGUUUGUUUAGCAUUGCUAGCUGUGUAGAUAGCGUGUCAGUGAGUUAGUAAUUGGGGUACUAGCUGCAAUGCUUUGUUAGUGGACUUCAGGGUUAAUGUCUGAGUUAGAGGGCGUAUGGAUUAUUUAAUCAUAACCCGUUUUGUAUCUUCGGAGAAGUCUCUGGUUGAUUGGCUCGCGGGUUAAGUUUGAUAGCUAGUGGGUUGUGCCGUACACUGACAGAUCUGUGAAGCUAGAUGGCUAGUUAGUUCAACAGAUAGCUGGUGUGCUGAUUUAAUCGUUCAAAUCAGAUUGUCGGUCGUUCACUGCGUUUUACACACUCUGACGGUAUGAAUCCCAUUAAGAAAUCUUGCCUGAUCCUUAUUCUAGUUGUAGUUGUUACAGCUGAUAUACCUCCAGAUGAUGAAGGUGCUGUGGAGGGCAGUCGUUCUCAGAACACUGAUGACAAUGAUAGCUCCAGUAUUGUGGUAGGACAUGCCUAUGUCCCUAAACAUGCCCAGGCUGACAGGAGUACAAAAGACACUCGUGUUGAGAGUGAGGUUGAAGGCAUUGAAAAGGAAGACCUUCCAACUCAGCCACCUCCAAAAGAGGAGCAACUGAAGGAAGUUCCGUUGGUGAUCGGUGGAACAGCCUCUGGGGAGCCCUGUGUCUUUCCUUUUCUAUUCCAAGGGGAAGAAUACUCUGAAUGCACCACUGAUGGCAGAGGAGAUGGGAGGCUGUGGUGUGCAACAACCUACGACUACAACACCGAUAAGAGAUGGGGCUUCUGUGAAACAGAGGAGCAGGCGGAGCAGAGGAGGUUAGUGGAAGAGACAGAAGAGCAGUACCAAGCCACAAUCCGGAUGCUCAACGGCACCAACCGAAAGAGCCAGAGGAAAGAGUUGUAUGACAAACUUCUAAAAGUUGCAGAGAUGGGUCAUACCAAGGCCAUGGAGAAGGUGGCAUAUGCCAUGCUGUUUGGAGACUAUUUACCCCAGAAUGUUCCCCAGGCUAAAGAGAUCUUUGAGAAACUGGCACUGGAGGGCUCUCCUAAAGCCCAGACGGCCCUUGGUUUCCUAUAUGCGGCAGGAUUAGGGGUGAACUCUAGUCAAGCAAAGGCAUUGGUUUACUACACCUUUGGUUCUUUGGGUGGAAACCUAGUUGCACAUAUGAUUCUGGGCUACAGAUAUUGGGGAGGUGUUGGGGUUCCUCAGAGCUGUGAAUCUGCUCUCACUCACUACAGACUGGUGGCCAAUAAUGUGGCCAGCGAUGUUUCCCUGACAGGGGGCAGCGCAGUACAGCGGAUCCGGCUCUUAGAUGAGGUGGAAAAUCCUGGUUCUAGCAGUGGAAUGCUAGAGGAGGAUUUAAUCCAGUACUACCAGUUUUUGGCUGAGAAAGGAGAUGUGCAGGCCCAGGUUGGUCUAGGCCAGUUACACUUACAUGGAGGUAGAGGAGUAGAACAAAAUCAUCAGCGAGCAUAUGAGUAUUUUAACCAAGCCGCAAAUGCUGGGAAUACACAUGCAAUGGCCUUCCUUGGAAAGAUGUACUCUGAAGGCAGUGAAUAUGUGCCUCAAAACAAUGAAACGGCCCUCCAUUAUUUCAAAAAGGCUGCAGACAUGGGUAACCCGGUUGGCCAGAGUGGUCUUGGUAUGGCUUACCUGUACGGAAGGGGUGUCCCUGUGAGCUUUGACAUGGCCCUGAAGUAUUUUCAGAAAGCUGCAGAGCAAGGCUGGGUGGAUGGACAACUACAGCUGGGAACAAUGUACUACAAUGGCAUUGGGGUCAAGCGUGAUUAUAAGCAGGCUCUUAAAUUCUUUAACCUGGCAUCUCAAGCCGGCCACAUUCUUGCCUUUUAUAAUCUGGCCCAGAUGCACGCCACAGGGACUGGAGUCAUGCGCUCCUGCCACACUGCAGUAGAGCUCUUCAAGAACGUAUGUGAGAGGGGUCGCUGGUCUGAGAGACUCAUGGCUGCGUAUGGUAGCUUUAAGGAGGGUGACAUGGACUCUGCUCUACUGCAGUACCUACUGCUGGCUGAACAGGGUUAUGAGGUUGCCCAGAGCAAUGUGGCCUUCAUCCUUGAUCAGAAGGGGUCACAGAUCUUCAAUGAGAAUGAAACAUAUCCACGUGCUUUGCUCCACUGGACCAGAGCAGCCACCCAAGGCUACACAGUGGCCAGAAUCAAGCUCGGUGACUAUUAUUUCUAUGGCUAUGGCACUGAUGUGGAUUAUGAGACUGCCGUCAUUCAUUAUCGACUGGCAUCGGAGCAACAGCAUAGUGCACAGGCCAUGUUCAACCUGGGCUAUAUGCACGAGAAAGGCCUUGGUAUAAAACAGGAUAUUCAUCUGGCUAAGCGUUUCUAUGACAUGGCUGCAGAGGCUAGUCCUGAUGCCCAGGUGCCUGUAUUCCUGGCCCUUUGCAAGCUGGGCCUCAUCUAUGCACUACAGUACCUGCAGGAUCUCAAUCUGAAGGAGCUUUUAUCUCAGGUGGAUCUUGACCAGUUGCUGGGUCCAGAGUGGGAUCUUUACCUCAUGACUGUUAUUGCUCUGCUCUUGGGCACAGUAAUCGCUUAUCGACAGAGACAGCACCAAGCAGUACCCAGAGCCCCUCUAGCACCCCCUAGACCUCCAGCCCAGCCUGAGCAGCCUGGUGCAGAGCCAGAGGAACAAUGAGGGAGCAGGAAUCAGAAUCGAGGUGACCAAACGGACUAAGAUUAAAGGAAAAGGACAUGAGGCCUUCUAGCAUCUCCUCUUCCCAAAACAGCCACUGUGGUCUUCAAAUCCUAAAAGAGCUUUCUGGACACUUGUUGCCCUCUCCAGCCCUUUCUAGUCUUUAAACUGUGGCUUUCAAGCUUGGAAAAAAAAAAAAGGGGGUGGGGUUGGGACUAGAUGAGCUUCUACGAUAUCUUAAACGUGCACCUCAGGGUUUUGCCAGGUGAACUGACAUUUGUGCAAAUCAGUGCUCACUAUGUGGGGGGAAAAGACAAUGUUGCUGAAUUAAUUCCAGUAGUGCUUCUGCUUUUUGAUUGCCACUGUGCUAAAAGCCAAUGAAAGGACCUGUUGUGUCUCUACAACCCUUUGAAACCCAUUUAGAUCUUUUGUUAGUAUUACAAUUCUGGUACAAAUCUGGUACAUAACUUGGACCCCAUGCCUCUUUAGAACACAGAGUGAGAGGUGUGCUGCACUUUGAAUUCAAUAUUUCAAAAGUUUAUACUGUAAGCAUGUUUUCCUAGCCUCUGUUGUGUUGGACUGAGUGGCUUGCUAGCCGAUUUAUUGGGUUUGUUAAUGUCUUGUUUAAAAAAAAAAAAAAAAAACAAUCCCAAAUUGUAUUUAUAAUGGCAAUAUUUGGACAAAAGUAGUCAGCACAAAGAUGUACAAUUAACAUGCCACUGUCUUGCCUAAAACAUGCACAAUGAAGGAUGAAUAAACUACACCGUAAUCUAAGGUUUGCAGCAAAGAGAACAUCUCUCAAAAAGCUUUUUAUUCCCCUAAAAUACUCACCCUGCCAAAUGGUGAAUCAUUUAGAAAACUACUACCCUUUCAUUGUUACAAAAGUGUCCCUGUGGGAUGUUCACAGAAAGGAAUCAGUGCAAUUAUGGCUGGUGUCCAGUAGGUUUCAAGUUGUUGUAGCACUAGAAGCUUCUAAAUUUAUUUAUCAAUAGUCAUUCAAACUUUUCAGUUCAGAUGUUUGAAAAAAGGAUUUAAAUGCUUUCUUCCUCUGCAUAUAAAGAAAAAAUACAUCUGAAAGAAACAGAGUUGGCAAUAGUGCUCAGUGUUUUUGGUAUUACAACACCUUUUUUGUUGUUUAAUGAGAUCAAGGCAUUUAAUGCUCUGAUCUAUUUUUGAUGAUUUUUGUGGAAGAUCUGUGAAAUCUAAAAAACUAAAUGAAACUGAUUUGUUUGUUUCAGGAAGUGGCUAUUUGUACGUUUUUGAAAUUGUAGGUUAUAUUUAAAAGAAAAAAAGAUCACCUUUUAAAAUUGUGAGCAUAUCUACAAAAUGUUAUCUACAUUGUACUUCGGCGAUGGAAUAUGUCUGUCGUUUCAAAUAAUAAACUGUAGCAAUACUGCAACGUUUGGUGAAAAAGCGUAUGUAUGUGUGUAGGAUGUAAUACACUUCAGUCUGUUUUCUAUGCAAAGAUGCACGAGAGCAUUUGUCCUCACAAUUCAGCAGUGGUAUGAAACCGUAUCCCAAAUCAUAUAACGGAUUCUUCUUUUCCAGGCUCUUCAAAUCCAUCAUAAUACAGUGACAACUAAAAGUAAUAGUAAUUACAUUUUCAGAAUGGCAAUGUUUUGUAAAAAAAAUAAGACAAAAAGCUAAUAAACAAAA